AGUUUUGAAGUUCCUUUUUGGAGAGCAAAAAAUUCUAUAUUUGGAGUUAUAGAGUUUCUUUUGGAGAUGCUCUUAGAACCUGUUUUUUUCUUCUCUUCUCUUUUUCUUAUUUUUUUCAUUAUUUUAAGGAGUAAAGAGCCGGUGCACAAAAAAAAAAAAAAGGAGUAAAGAGCCCCUCCUCAACCCUGCGAUGGACAUGAUCUUAUGUUCUAUGAUGAUGUUAAAAAACUUUUAAGUAUCCAAAGACAAACCAUUGUUGUUCAAGAAUAUUUUUUUAGUGAUGACGAAUAAAGUUAUUUGUACGAAAUUGGUAAUAGGGUACUUGUAAAAUCUUAAUUGGGUAAGAAAUAGAAUGAGCUGGUUCUCAUUAUGUAUCAACACUUGUUUGAUAGUGGCUUGCCAAGAUUAUCUGGGUGGUCGAGGAACUGAAGCUAGAAUUUAUAUAAUUAAGUAGGCUAAUGAUAGACCAUAAAUUCACAUAUAUAUGCUACCUGAUUAUAAAGGUCUUUAAGGGCAUCUUUAUUCUCACUCUAUUUUUCCUCUAAAAUAGAGUAAAAGUGAAUAUAAACUAAGAAAUGCUCCAAAAAAACUCCAUAUCUCAUUCCAUAAUGAAAUUUACUCCAUAAAUAGAGUAAUUUAUUUUUUGUUUGUUCAUCACUCCAUUAUGAAGUGGUAAAUGGAGUAGGGUUAUAGCAAUUUUAUUCUAUUUUUACUUUUACUCUACUUCGAAAAAAUGGAGUUUUACAUUGGAAAUGCUCUAAGUAAAGUAAAUGAAAUAAAAUAUAUUGAGUUAAACGUCCGUAAAAAGAAAGAAUAUAUUCUUAAUUAGCAACACAAUACAAAUAAUGUUAAAUUCAGAUUUAUUAUGGACUUCCAACUGGAUACUUUAUCGCUAAUACAUUUCAUCGAGAUGAUGGUUCUUAUCGGCCAUAAAUUUCGGAACUUUAAAACAGUUAUAUCCGGUCGAGCGAGUUAAUUACGAUCUUUAUACCCGGUCGGUUAGGAUUAUAUUAAUUAGGGAGCGUAUUUAUGAUCUGAGCUCUGAUACCAUGUUAAAUUUGAGUUAAUUAUGGGUUUCUAAUUUAAAAACAAUCGGUCAUUAGUGGAUUGGAUUUAACCCUUUAUAUACAAAUCAAGUCCAUUAUAUAUUUCUAGUGUGAGAUUUUUUUCUCCAACGGAUAAUACAUAUAUAUACACGCACAUGUUCAACCACAAACAUGAACAUAGUAGAACAAAUCAAGCACAUACUCUGACGAUCACAUACAGACCCAUACAUAAGCUGUAGUAUUUAUUUGUGACUGAAAGAGUUCCUGACAAUUGAAGAGGUAUGCUUGAUUUGGGAGCUGAUCAAGUCCAUCAGCUAACCCAUGAUCAUGAUCCUUAUCAAAAACAACAGCAACAAUUACAAGGAUUUAGAAAGGGUCCAUGGACACCUGCAGAAGACAAGCUUCUUACCGAGUAUGUUACUUCCAAUGGUGAAGGAAAAUGGAGCUCUGUUGCUAAGUGUGCAGGGUUGAAUAGAAGUGGCAAAAGCUGUAGACUAAGGUGGGUGAACUACUUGAGGCCAGGGCUAAAGAGAGGACAAAUCACUCCUCAAGAAGAAGGAAUCAUCCUUGAACUUCACUUCCUUUGGGGUAACAAGUGGUCUACAAUUGCAAGAUAUUUACCAGGACGAACAGAUAAUGAAAUCAAGAACUAUUGGAGAACCCAUUACAAGAAGAAAGAUAAAUCUUUUUCGAAACAAGACAAAUUUAAAAGAUCCCGGAAACAACUAGGUAUGCAACCGCAACCACAUAAUCAACGAUCUCAGAUGGUAUCUCGAAACCACAUGAAUCACGACAACGAGCAAAACAUAGCUUCCUCUUUCUCUUACCCGACUAGUGUCAUUCACGACCAAUUUCAUAUGCCUCAAAGUGUUACAGCAACCUCAAGCGAUCACUCCAUGACCGAUGAAGGUAACUUGUGGGGCAGCUUGUGGAGUCUAAACGAUGAAGAUCGUCCACACCGAUUUGGUGGUGGCUGGGAACAGAGAAUAGCUGCUGAUAUUUCUGAGAAGUUUAAUGGUGACAGAAUUGAGGCUCCGCCGUGUGGAUCAGGGUAGUAUAAUUAUAAUGGAUUUUACACGGGAGGUUAUAUUUUUUAACUAGUAUGCACUGACGGAGAUAUAAGAAAGCUGUGUCUUCGUACGGUUAAUAGAAAAUUAUAGAUCGGAUAGCGAGGCUAAUAAAAUGGUUCGGAACAUGUCUCCACAAUUCUACUUUUUAUGAUAGAACUGUAUGAGAUAAUUUUUCUAGUGAUUAUUCUUUUAAGAAAAACCAAAAAUCUUAACCACACACUUUGACUAAAACAAAUUCUAACCUUGUCAUUGUAAAAAAGUUGCAAUAAUAUUGUCUUUCAUUAAUUCCCAACUUUGGUUUACCUAUAACAGUGAUUGAUGUUAUAACUAAAACGACCUAAUUAAUCAACAAAUAUAAUAUAAGAAACUAAAAUUUUUUCUUUCCAAAAAUUUGUUUUUUUUUUUAAUUUUCAAAAUUUGGAUUUAAGGAAUUAUAAAUGAUAAGUAAAACUGUGGGGAUAGAAAAAUGGAAAUGGAUAAAACCUUUUCACAAUUUUGUAAAAAUAUAAUAAGUUAGUUUUGAGAAAAAUGGAGAUAUCAAAAUAUGGAAUAAUUUUGUUUUUCAAUUCAGAUUCUUGUAUAUUGAUGUUAAGAAAAUAACUAAAACUAUUUAAAAUAGUCAAAAUCCAUUUAUUUAUGGAAAAUGUAGAAAGAAAACUAUUUUUUUUCCUUCUCACUUAAAAUCCCUCAAACCAUAUUAUUCUAAAUUUAGUCAACAAUAACCAAACAUUCCAAAUUAAUUACCACUGGAAUUAAAAACAUUUGGCCAACCAAGAAUUUUCCAUUGCUAAACCCUAUGACCCAAUAUUUCUCAUUGAUAAUUGAAUUUGCUUUCUUGUUUAGUAGUUUGCUAUGAUUGCCUGUUUUCUUUCAUGGUUUGGUUUGAUUAUGUUUUGCUUAAUUAAUUCUUCACUACAAUUAGUUUGUUAGGUUGUUACAAAUUAUAAAAGCUUUAAAUGCCUAAGUUUAGUAAGUUAACUAUUAGUUUGUUAGGUUGUUACAAAAAAAAAAAAAAAAAAAUUCAAUGGUGAGGCUGUCACGUUCUCAAAAAAAAAUCAGCCAAUGAGGAGCAUUUAAUUGGACACGUCAGCACUGCUUCAGUCAACUUAGAUCCGGGCCAUCCAUAUGGACUUCUAAAAGUCCGCAAUAGCCCAUAUCAUGCCUAUCUCGCCUACCAUAAUUUUCCUUAUCGUCUCCGACCCUUCCAAUUCGUCGUCAUCCUUUCAAAUUAUCUGCAAUUCACCGUUAUUACAACCACUCUGAAUCAUUCAAUAUAUUUCUCUUCGACGGCACCCGAUCUAACAAUCCCUCUUCCUCUUCCCUAUCCUCACGAUACAACCUUAACGUCAUCCUCAGGCCUAAUGACAGUCCUUCCUUGAAGUUAUUCAAGCACUCUUCAAUACUGUAACAUCCAAAUAGUCAUAAUCCCUUCAAUUUCCCAGUCUAGCCAUAUAUAACUCACUAUCCCAUUUCACUUCUUCCCUAUUCACACACCAGCGAUACAAAUUCCACAAUGUUGUCAAUCGCCACUACCGAAAAGUCAUACCUUUUAACUCAUGCGUUCACUUCAACUCCUCCAUCCUUCCAUCUCUCAGGUUCAUCACUUUCUUGAUAGUCCCAACGUCAUGCCUCUUUGUGACUCUUUCCACUCAGGUCAUGUUAUCGUAUCAACCACAUCAGCUCACCAAUUCACUCUCUUUUAAAUCUAUCUCCCAGGUCUUUCUCAUCCCGUCAUACCAAUUAGUCAGAUUAUGAGAGUUCCAGCUCCAUAUCCAUCCAAGGUAGUGUUUAUGUACCAAUUUCAUUAGAAACCAAACAUAAAUUUAGAGUCAUAACAUCUCACAAACAAUCUUUUUUUUUUUUGGAAUUUAGAACUGUUAAUGUUAUGUGUAAUCUCCCAGCUCUAACUUUCAGAAUAUGAUUAAGUUGAAAUCGUGUCUGGGAAAUCUAGGGGCAAAAGAUAGAGAGGUAUAAGCAAAGCUACCAUUUUGUCUGCUUCUUAACACUUAUGUUCUUCCAUUGUAAUGAAACAGAACAAUGGUAAAGUUGUCUGAAAACUGUUUUUAGGAAGACAAAACAUGGUGUUCAAAAAAAAAGGAAGACAAAACAUAAAUGAGAUUACCAUUAAAAUAAAAAUAAAAAUUUAGAAAAAAAAACAAAAAGGACAGCCAUCUUAACACAUGCAUCUAUGUUUUGUCUCUGUUUGUAACCCACUGUAAAUGUUAUUAGAUAUCUCGGUUUCUUUUUCAAAUUCUGAGGAAACAGAGAGAAGAAAAUAAACUGUAAAAUCCAAGAAUUAGAUUGUGUGUUUGAGAAUCAAACCUCUUCAGGGUUCCCCCAAAACCUGCGCAAAUACAAGUCUGACUCGGAUGUAAUAAUACCGGGUGGUAAUGUCUCAGCUCCUUUUGGAUUUGAAGGAACCCAUAUCUGAGAAAAAUGUGAAUCAAAUUGUUCUGGAACAUGCAAACAAAUGUGCAAAAUUUCUAAACAAUUACAUAAACCAUACCUUUGAGAUAUCAGUGGCUUGUACAGGAGAUACAAAUUUUGUUUAAAAAAAAUACAACUCUGGUCAUAAAAUCAUAUAAGUAGAAAGCUUCAUUUAAUAAAUAGUCAUAUAAAAUAUAUACUAUAUAUAUGUUAAUAAUCUAAUCUAUUAAUUUAAAGUACUAUUUUUUAUCUACUACUAAGAGAUUGUCAUUUAUGGACCUAUCAUUUUUUUAUUAAUAGAUAUGAUUAGAUAUACAACUCUCUUACAUUAAUAAAAUUGCUUACGAAAUAGCAUUCACAAUAAAAACUACAUGUGACAUAUUAGAAUAUUCCAACAUUUUUUUUAGAAUAGCACAACUAAACCAGAUUUUUGAAAUUUAAAUUUAGUCUAACAAUAACAGUGAAGUGAUCAAAUAGGCUAUAUUCCCGUACCUUUAUGCAAUACUAGAUCCGUGGCCACAGAUCAAUAAAAGUUAGUUUAACGAAAGUUUCCGUUUUUUCAUCUAAAUUGUUCAAAUGAUAAAUAUAAACAAAUAUAUGAAAUUCCUGUAUUUUACCGUGGCCUUUUUCACAUUCAUAUCAAUUUAGAUUUUUUUUCCGCGCUAUGCACGGAUUAGGAGUGGACAUGUUAUUCGAUAUCUUAAUUCAUACCCAAAUCUGAUUCGAAAAAUCCAAACCGAAAUCCGACCGAAGUGGCAAAAAUACCAUAACGGAUAUUAAGUUAGGAGACACUAGAUAUCCGAACCCGAAUAGAUAAUAUUCGAACCGAAUGGAUAUCCGAAGAUAACAUAACAUAUGUAUACUUAACCCUAUGUUUCUACUUUAGUUCUUUUAUUUAUUCAAAAUAUUUAUAUUGAUGUUGUAUAUGGUUCAGAGAUUAGAUAAUAUGUAUAUAAUUAUGGACAAAGUGAUUUACUUCUCACUUAAAAUGCUUUUUUCAUACAUUAAUAAAAAUUGAACUCAAAAUCUCAAAAUAACAACCAGAUUAAUUUUUCAAUUUUAAAUUAUUUCUAUCUCUAAAUUUGUUAAUCGUCCAACCAAUAAAAAACAAAAUCAGUUAAGUUAAUGGUAAAAAAUUUAGUACAAAAACUUGAGCAAUGAAGGAUUUAUUUAUUUUUGUCUAAAUCUAAAUAUCUGAUCCCGGCCCGAAAUAUUAAAACCAAACUAAAAGAUAUCAUAACCUGACCCGAUAUGUAAAAUACUCGAACGGGUUCUAGACCCCCAUUACCGAAAUACCCUCAAAAUCUGAAAUAUCCGCUUCAAACCCAAAUGUGUAUCUAAACGCUCAUGCCUAAUGCGGACUGUGUCUUAUUAUUUUUAUAUUUAAAAAUUGCUUAGAUUAUUUGCACCAAAAAAUUAUAAAAUGUGUAAGACAACAAAGAAUAUUUUAAAGAUUUUUUGUUGUAAUCCUUUAAGUUGACGAAUUUCACUUUGUUUUUAACUAUUGUGUAUUUUACUGCAUUUAUUGUGUAUUGAAAAAAAAUUUAGAUGAUUCAAGCCACAUACACAAAUAAAACAAUAGCUCUAAAUUGACUAUACUAAACCUAAAAUUAAAUAUAAUAUAAAUGCAACAAUUUAUAUAUAAGUAAAAAUAGUAAAUAUUUGAAAAUACACAAUCAGCGAAAAGCGCGAAAAAAAUCUCUAGUAACUUUGAGGAGUUAAUUCUCAAUCUUAUUGAGUUCUACAAAUGACUUUCGCGCGUUUGUGAUUUAAAAUGAAUUAAAAUUUAUUUCAUAUCGACACGCUUGCUUUCAUAAAUUUUGUUAAGACUAUUAAUUGAAAUGGGCCAACCGAAUAAGAAAUAACUAAUCCAAAACCAGUACUAAACCCAAAAUACAAACUUAAAACGUAUUGCAUCCAUGAACUAAAAUACGUACAAUAAAUACAAGUAGCUUAGGGUGAUCAAGCUGUGUUCAGAAAAUAAAAGCUUAAGAUGAUCAAGGGGAUAAAACUAUCAAAAUAGGCCCUCGAACAAAUCCCACUCGAACAAAAUAUUGACAAAAAGUAGCGUGCUUUUAACCAUUUUAUAUAAAUUAUAUAAAGUAAAGCACCAAUAUGAAAUUGUUGUUUUGUUAUUAUCACAAAGACAUUGAAGUAUAUGAGCAAAAUAAUAUAUCUUAUAUGUUGAGCUGUUUUCAUGAAAGUCAGUGAUCGUACUUUGUUAAAAUCAUUCUUCAUAUAAUUAUUGCUUUAUCGUACUCUUGUUCUUAUAUUUUUGUAACACAAUUCGUAUAUUUAAAAAGAAAUAUUUUUGAUGAAAGCGGGGAAAUAAUACCCACGCUGAUUUUUCUUAAUUACUAUAGAUUCUUCACUACACUUCUUCUAUAUAUAAUAUGUUUUAGAAUUAUUCAAAAACCAUAUAACAAUUUGAACAGGCAAUAAUAUUCCUUUUGACUCUCUCUAGUACAUGCCUUAUUUUUAGGGUGUUUUAUAAGCAUUAGUUUUUCUUUUAAUUUACGUAUAAUUGUUAUUUGAGCAUAUUAAUGUUAUUUUUCAUUUUAUGUUAAAAUAGAGUUAGUUCCUACAAUUCCCACAGUUCCUGUAGUCUGUAAUUUGAUAUAUGGAUGCUGAUAAAAUUGUAAGUUUGCUAAUUGUUUCAAUAGGUCAUACUACCCACUUGAAUAUAAUAACCGAGCUUAAUUUUCCAAAAGAGGGUUCGCUUCAUAAUUGUUGUGAUCAAUGCUCAAAAGGAAAAAAAGUUGAAAAAGGUUGAUGGUGCAAACUGAGCAUUCAAGAAUGGUGCCCAAUUAUAUGCACAUCAUCUUUUUUUUUUUUGAAAAAAGGGCUAUGCACAUCAUCUUUCUCAGUCAUCAACUAUCUUUCUUUAAUUUGGUUUAAGAAUCUUCUUAUGCUUUAAUUAUUUAGUAAGCUAUUAUUGUUUUCUAGAACUAUUUGUGUUAUAAAGAUGUUCUACUGCUCUGAUCUAUUUUCAUCUAACGAUUUUGAAUAUAAAUUUGCAAUCAUGAUAAGUUUUAUAUUGUUUUUUAUUACAAAUAUGUUUAGGUUUUACCGAAAUAGAAGUUGUCUGACAUAGCACUGAAAUAUAUUUUUGUUCUAAAAAGAACACAAUUUUUCUCCAAAAUAGCAUCAUUAAUUAAAAGUUAAAAGAUAUUUUAUUUCAUAUUUGAGUUUAAGCUUAAUGAUUACGAUUUAUAGUUUGGUAUUUAUGGUAUAGUAUUUAGGAAAUAUGGUUAGUGCUAUUUUAGGAGUUUUUCUCUUUGUGUAAUAUUUUGUCAUAUAUCUUUUGUCCUGCUGUCUAAGAAAUUUGCCCUCACGAAAAUUAACUGAAAUAUUUUUUUGAUAAUAAGAUUAAACCUAACUUUGCUGUUAUUGGUCAACACUUCAAAAUGCCGUCCAGAUUAAACCUAACUCGAUUCUUGCGAGUAGAGAUUUACAUAUUUGUAGUAGUGAUGAUUUUGCUGUCUGAAAACGUUAGGACUUAUAUCUAUAUAUAUAUUCAAAGCGAAAUGGGAUAUAAAAUAUAAAAGAUGAGCUAAUUCACUCCUUAUCAUUUUAUUUUGAAUUGUAAACCCAUAAAAGUCUAAACAUGAUAAAUAGCUUAUGUAUAAAACUAAAGAGCAUUGGGAAUAAUAAAGGCUAUGGCCCUAAAUCUCAUCAAAGGGUCAAUUCCAGUAUACAACCUACUUGUCUUCGGAAUUGCAACAUCGUGUACGAGUUCCCCUUUGGCCUACAAUUGUGGUACCACAUCUACUUGAUUCUUCAUAUAUAUAUAUAUACACUAUCUGUUCCCAAUGAGCAUGUCAUCCAUCAUCCUAGUAUCCAUGUCUUAUAAUCCCACUAAUGAAGAAAUGUAUAUCGUAUUUGAUGAUAGAACGUUUUCUACUUUUCUUUGUCUGCCAAAAAAUGUUAUCUUUUAAAUUGUUAACUACUGGGACCGCGAAAUCGGAUGGUCCCCAACCUCUGAAAGCUCAGCGUGAGAUUUGAAUAUUAGGGUUUAGUACAAUUCGGAAGCCUAAUUUAUGCAUCAUGGUCCCCAUAUUGUUCGAUUUAUAAGUUGGUAACUGUACACCAUCUUUAGGAAGAUGGUAAUGGUACACAGUUUUCACUUAAUACUGAAUUUUCAAAAAAAAAAAAGUGACAAGAUCUUGAUAUGUUAUAUUUUAGUGUAGUGGACCACAUUUGAAUGUGAACCCAUGAAAGGUCUAUCGCGCUCAAGUUUUUAUUACUAAUCUAGUACUAAAUCGCAUUAGCCCAAAUUAACUUAUUAUAAAUUUAUAAUGGACCACAACUUCAGAAUGUAUACAGAUACACAUAUGCACUUACAUUUAUUUCUAUACAUGAACCACAAAAUAUGUAAGCAUAAAGGGUUGUGUACAUAUGUAUGUAUUGUCCCAUGCAUUCAUAUCUUAUAUAUUAUAUAAAAGUACUUGUUUAAUAAAUUACAUUUUGCUACGUCAAUUACGAUUUACAACCCCUAUAGUUUGGCCUUUUAUGGGAUGGUCAAUCUUCUUAGAUUUUAUGUUCAUAGUUAAAUCUUCUUAGAUUUUAUGUUUGGGGUUCAAGGACGUAGUCUGUUUCUCAGACUCCAAAUGUCUAGUUGGCCUGCUCACAGGAGUCUCUUCUGUGGUUGCACUCAAAGGGAUCAUCCACGAGAUCAGUGUGUUGCAAUUCCCUAAACUCUAUUUCUUUUCAGUUCAUCUCUCGUGUUUGUAACCAGGUUGCAGAUCGUAUUGCUGUUUUUGUUUUCAAACUCUCCCUUAGGGAUGAGAAACUCUGUAUUGAAUGUUUAAGGUAGCAAUGAUAAAAGGUUCGACCAAAAAAAGUUAAAUUUAUAGCAUUUACGCUA